AUGCUGCUUUCCACAAUUCUUGCGCUACUGUGCAAUUUCCCGCCUGCUAUCAAAUGCAACCCAGGUUAUCACCUGCCGGAGGGGGAUUCCUCCAAUGACCUGAACAGCUUCAUGAUAACAGAUGACACUCCCGCUGACAACCUAGUAGGGAAAGUGCGGCUCCCAUCCACUAACACCUUUCCUGACCCCGAGAAAACCCCCUCAAAAGAGCGUCAAUAUCCGUCCUGGAACUAUCAGGUGCUCGGCGCACUUAAAAUGCCGGGCCAGCUGUUUCGUGUGAACAAGGAGACAGGGGAGUUGUUCACAAGGGAGAAAAUUGAUCGGGAAGUUGUCUGUUCACCCACCAGCAUCCAAAACAACUUCGGUCAGAGCAUGGAGCCCCAGAAAUACAAAACAAAUCAGCAUCUGGGUUCAGAUGCUGACUGUGUCCUUACACUCCAGAUUGCAAUCAACCCCACUGGCCAACAAACCCAAGUACCCCAAUUUGUUUUCGUUAAGGUCGUUGUGGUGGAUCGAAAUGAUCACAUGCCCACAUUUCCGCAUCCGGGCUACGUUAAUCUCUCCGUCCCCGAAUCAGCCGAAGUUGGUUCACGAUUUCCCCUUCCUCUGGCAGUCGAUUUAGACACUCGUCAGUACUCCGUCCGCGCCUAUGUGGCCGAACCUCAAUUGCCGCCCGAAUGGGUUCUCAUCUCAGAAACGGACCAGUCCUUCUCCUCGAAAACUUCAGGCAGUCAGAUAGCAGCUCUCUUUCUUGAGUUACGUAAGCCUCUUGAUCAUGAGAAGAUUGACAGAUUUACUUUCAGAAUCCGAGCUCUCGACGGUUCAGAGUUGUCGAAAUUUGCGCCUGGAGGAAAUGGAAAAGAUACCCUGCAAGUGCACAUCUAUGUUAAGGAUAUAAAUGACAACGGUCCUGUAUUUCGUCGUCCUGAAAAGUCUUUCACCGAACCAGAACACUUCUCGGUUUCGGAUUCCCUGAAUCAGAACUGGAUGGUGACUUACACAGCAACGGUACCCGAGAGUAAGUGGAUUAAAACGCCAAUCGUGCAGCUUGUGGCCGAAGACGCUGACAGUCCAGCCAAUGCAAAAGUCCGCUACUACUUUAGCCCUUCAACAGACAGGGAGAUUCUCGAGUUUUUUACAAUAAAUGCCCACAGUGGACACCUCUUUCUACGCAAGCCGCUGGAUUACGAACUUCAGUCACAGUAUUCAUUCCGUGUGAUUGCCACCGAUACUGCCGACGAGCCGAAAUUACAUUCCACUUCUCAGAUAUUGCAGACACCCUCAUCCAUUCAUACAGCCACAGCCCAGGUCAUUAUAUACGUGAUUGAUACCAACGAUGAGGCGCCGAUUAUUGAAGUUGAUUUCCUAUCCACUGACACAAUGACUUCCGUGCCAAGGAAGUACGCUGUAGUGGCGGAAAACGCCGCGCCCCCACAGUUUAUUGCUAGUAUUCUCGUCACUGACCGCGAUGCAGGCAUCAAUGGUCAGGUGAGCUGUGUUCAGCAACCCGUGAUAUCUAAUUCACCGUGGCCAAAUACUGGAUGGAUCAACACCUCGGCUGUCUCUCCAUUUCAUCUGUCGGAAGUUAUACAGAGUAAUGGUAUUGUUCAGUACAACCUGUUGACUUCAGUGGCACUCGAUCGUGAGGAUAUGGCAGCAGGUGUAAAGGAUGAGAAUGAUAAUGCGCCCGAGGUUAAACUGCGAAUGCCGACCGACUACCACUUUGCUGGCGGUAGCCGCAUAGAUCCUGAAAGGUGGCCUUUCGUUGUAGAAAACUCACCGAUUGGGACACUGGUAACUCGGCUAAAUGCCACUGAUUUGGAUGAAGGUGAGAACGGAAGAUUGACCUUCAGUCUGGAGAACUCGGAUGGUACUGAGCCCAUAAGUGCAACGGCCCUCUUCCAAAUCAACUCGAAAACGGGUGACAUAGUGACCAAAGGUGAGAUCGACAGGGAGGCCUAUGAUCCGCCAUUUUCCUCUAUUCCGCUACGCGUGAGGGUGUCUGACAACGGCAUCCCGCCGAAGACUUCGACAUUUGAAUUUAAGAUAUACAUUAUCGAUGAGAAUGACAAUCCCCCGGUAUUUCAGCAGUCAGAGUACAAAUUUCACGUGCGGGAGAACCUGCCCGCAGGUUAUCCUGUUGGUGAACUUCUGGUGAGCGAUAAGGAUGAGGGUGAAGUUAAACUCACCCUGGGUUUACAACCCUACGGAACGCUACCGUUUGUACUCUGGGCUGUGCCGAGUACUCCAAGCACCCCAGGAGGCAGAAGUCAGGCGUCCUACUCUGUGAACCGAAUAAUCAUCAACACAACUAGGCCACUGGACCGAGAGGUAGAAGACAGCUUUCGGUUUACAGUCUUGGCUACCGACGCGCCGAAUGCUCUUUCGCCUUCCUUACACGAUCGCGCGAAAGUAAGCACAGUCACAGCCACGGUGGAGAUCAUAGUUGAAAACGAAAAUGAUCAUGAUCCGGUCAUAAUCUUCCCUCAAAAACAAAAUAAGACAUUCAUCCUCUCCUCGCAAGAGAAAAAACACUUUGAACUGCUUACAAUAAACGCUAAUGACAAGGAUCCAAAUGAAAGUCCGCACAUAUUCGAACUAUUUGCCGAUCCCUCGCAGAGUGCGAACAAUGAUCCGACUAAUUCCUCCACGGCAAAUGCUACGCGCAACCUUCGAGAUUCAGCUGACUCUAAUGACUUUUUAGACGUAGAGCCAACAACCGGGAUCGUCUACUUGUCGCGAGAUAUGCGCCCAGAGGACAGGGGUUUCCACGUCUUUAGGGUCCAGGUGACUGAUGGAGGAACACCACCGAGAUCAAGCUCAAUAACAUUUUUUGUCCUGGUUAAUGAUUCACCGUCUCGUUCAAUCACAGUUGAGAAUCUACCGCCUACCAGCGACGCGACGAAAAAGGAACCUCUCAGUGACGCAAACUUUCAGGGCAAAUCUGUCUCUGCAACAGGCUCUGCUGAAAGCCCUCUCCACAAAACCAAUCGCGUCGGAGUAGUGGGUCGGAAGACAGCCACAGAAAAUAUCCGUGGCAAAGUUCGACCUCGGAUUGCCAGUGAUCUGAAAACAGACCAGUGGCUCUGUACCGGAGACGGCUCCAUAAUUGGUCUUUCAUCGCACCUACUGGAUGAGGAUGCACUGAAGUGCAGUUUCCCCUCAACACUUAUUUCUGACUGCAAUGUUUAUUAUAAGGCAUCCGAGGUCCCAAGAGCGCAGGCGAUGAGAGAAAAUUCGUACUCUCCACUUUCCCCAUCAGCUUCUGUUCUCAUAAAGUCCCCCAGUCAUCCUGAUCAUGGAAUGUACAUGACUCAGGAUGCUGCGUUGGCACAGAAUGCUCAAUUUGCUUGCUAUGCAAAGAAUAUGCGACUUCAGCAGGGCGAAGGAAAUCAACGGCCUCAAAGUGGGACGACAUACAACAGGACUGCCUCUGAGAGCCUGGAAGAACUUUCUGGUGCCACUGAAGGAAAUGCAUUCGCCAACAGGAAAAUACUGACAAGCGAUGGUCUGGACUGCCUUCCCGUCAUCUGGAAUCGGUCCUGCACUUCUGUAAAAGUGGACUCUCCGACUCUAUUGACUGCAGCAACCAGUACUGUGAGUUAA